GUGUCUGGUUAGCGCUGGGGAGUGGGAGUUGCACUUGGGUUCAGUACAGAGUCGCACGCCUAUCCUACAGACAGCGAUCAGCGAGGAGAAGUUGCAGUAUGAAGCCCAUGAUUGUAGCGUCGAUUUCGCUCCUCCUUUGCCUGAUCCCCGUGCCGGCAGUGCUGGCUGAGGACUGCGCCCCCUACUUUGGCUCUGAUUUCCGUUACCAUGAAGCACAAGUCUGCAUACUGAGCACUUGCUCUGGAUCCUGCACAGAAAGGUUUUGCAGUAUCGUCCCUAUCCUGGAUCAAUCCCAGUUUCUAUGCAUACUAACCAAUUUUUGGGUGGUCCUUGGAUUAUUCCUAUUGGCAGUCAUCUUAAUUGUAGCUGGAGUUAUCACUUGCAUCUGCAAAUCCAUCUGUUGUCUGUUCAGCGCUUGCCUUGAUUGUAUCUGCUGCCGUAAGCGAAGUCGAGUUACUGUGAGACAAACCACCACCACUGUGGCAGUGACCAAUGUGAUCCCUCGGCAGCCAAGGAUGCCAAUAAUAUAUAACAUGGUUGUGCCUCCCCCAGCAGGAUAUCAGCCACUGCCCAGUCAGCCUAUGCACGCCGGCCCUGAAGAUAAAUAUGAACUCCCGCCACGCUACCCAGGUGAAGAAAAUGUGGCUUUUGUGGAAUACCCUUGAAUUUCCAUCUCUGUAAGCAAGAAACAGAGAAACUACUGUUUGCUAUAGCAUAUAGAAAAAUGCCUCUUCCUCUAAUUGUCAGAAUUUUAUUCCGUAUAUAUAUUUUGAUAUGACUUUUUGCUGAACUGAUAUAGACAGAUCUGUAUUUGAGGCUUAGUGCAGCACUGGCCAAAGAGUCUGUAAAUGGUGUAAUAAGCUUGUUUUUUUCUUAGUGGUUUAGCAACCCUUUAAUAGCUGAUAAAUAAAUAGUUUUAUACCAUGGGGCACUUUCUAGUUUCCUCUAAAUAUAGGGUUUUUGAUUGUUUUUGUUUUUUAAAUCAUCCUCUGCACAAAAUCCUAGUUUUAAAUCUUGUGUUAAGUUUAAAUGUCCCUGCUGAACAAAACGGGCAACUUGACACUGUAGUGUUGCUGAUAUGGUGGUUCCACAUAAAAAUGGCUGUGUAUAGAAAACAUGUUCUAUCCAAUAAAGUUUUUUUUUUUUUUCAUUAAAAAAAA